AUGUCCCUCUCAUAUUUAAAGCUUUCCUGUUCUUCUAGGCUGUCAUCACGCCUUGAUAUUUUUGAAAUCAAAUUCGAGCCCACUGUCCACCCUACUAGUUCUAGCAACAAGCCUGUGGCCCAGAACCCGAUCCAGUUUACCAGUGCCUUCCAAGUACUUAUGUCUGAGAAACGCCAGCUUCCAUGGCUAGACUCGCCCCCCGAUGGGUUCUUAGAAAGAGAACAACGCAUCAAAAUCCAAAAGCAAGUAAAUAUUGACGAAUAUGGCAUACUUCGACACGGUAUUAGCGGAACUAAAGAUGUUCCCAAAAUCUCAUUCGAAGUUGUUGGGUCGACUGGCAACAUCUACAGAACCAUCAUUGGCAACUUGCCUACCUGUGACUGUCCGGACGUCAGAUUCCGGAAGGCGCAGUGCAAGCACAUGUGCUUUGUUCUAUCUGCGAUGGAUGUUCCCAACGAAUUAAGAUACCAGAGGUCAUUUUUGCCAUCUGAGCUACGUCAGAUGCUUGCCACGCUAUCCAUGAAGCGAAAACUGGAUACGACUAACCCUACCUCCACUAGUGAAAGAAAACCGGUGGAUGGUGAAUGCCCAAUUUGUUUCAACGACUUCAAGCCCAAGCAGAAAGCUACUUGGUGUCAGGACUGCGGCAGCAAUUUUCAUCAGGGUUGUUUCGAGAAAUGGAGGGCCGCUAUUCAGGCGUCCGACAGUGUUGUUUGUUGUCUCUACUGGUAA